AUGAUCAGUGGUGGUUUUGGAAGCCUGAUGAAGUGCUAUGAAGAAAAAAACAGAGCAAAUCGAGGCAAGUCGUUGCAGAGUGCUCAUCGUCAGAGUUCCGGCUUGGUUCGCUGGUGGUCGGAAGAAGUCACCGGAGGCGUGUCGGUGGUCAUUGGAUGCUUGGGAAGUCUGGUGAAGGAUCUGGCUUCACUGGCGCUAAAUCUUAUGGUGGUAGUUUUAUGGAAAGACUUAUCUGUAUUUGUAUAUCUCAAGACUUGGGGACUGUCAAGGUGUGGGGUUUACACUAUGCAUGGUGGUUGUGCAUUUGCUGGGCUAAUGUCAAGGUCAAUUCGCCAACUGAAACCUGUAGAGAGAAAAAGAGGACUCCGGAGGCUUUUCGAAACGAAGUUGAAUAUCAAAGAAGAGUCUGAACCUAAAUUAGAAGGAAAGGAGAACAUGGAUUUGGAUGAAAACAGUUACUCAGGAAAUGUUAAGCAGGGCAAAACCGAGAUUUACACUCCUAGAGAUGACAAACGAGAUCCCCUUCCAGGAGCAGAGCUGCACAUGGUUUACUUGACCGGUAAACCAAUAGAGGGCAAUGGAGCUUCCUUAGCUUAUCACGAGAAGUUCCUGGAAAAAGUUUUUGGCAGGCAUGCUGCUAAAAUAAUCAUCGUUUAUAGCUACUCCAGGAUUGAAAAAUCAUUUGGUGUCUGGCUUACAGACGAGGAGGUGGACGUACUGGCUGGGCAGGAUGAAGUUGAUUAUGCCGAAAACGGUGACUACCAUUAUGAGAUUCUCUAUUAGAUAUUUAUGAAGCUGU